UGCAUUGGUUUUGGCUAGAACAUAUAAAUUGGCAGAGCAACACCACACAAUACAGAACCCUCAAUAUUCCCUGCACAUAAAAAAGCACAGUGACAAUGGGGACAAUGCUCCUGCUUCUUGGAUUCCUGGCAGUCUUCGUAAAUCCAUUGCAGGGAGAUGAGACAUUCCAAUAUGUGAACAAUGGAUACAACGGAGAGACGGUCUACCAUACUGUUAACAUUAACCAGCAAUACAAGAUCGCUGUGUUUAAUGUCUAUUCUGGACGACAGACAUCCAACGCUGUCUUUGAUUACAAACAGAACAUAGUGGCUUACCACAUGCCAUACAGAGGUAUCUGCAUACUCGCACACAUGGAUAUUGACACCUUCCCUGGACUGGGCAUCUUUGAGGAUAUGAUGCAUAAGAGGGAGCAAAAGAAGGAGUUGGAAGAACUUAAAAAGCAAUACUUUAUCACUAACCAACAAAUAUAUGACCUUGCCCAGUAUGGUUCUGCUGUUCAGGGGCUGUGCUGGGGAGUCCCAACCUACUUGGCUCGUGAGUUCACACCUCCACCCCAGAAACAUGGACAAGGUGUUGGAGCUCAAGGAUGUGCUGGAAUCCAUUUCCUCUUUAUACAUGUUGGGUUAUGUGGAGGGAUCCACUUCUAGAACCUUCACCUUCUAAGCUGUUCAGCAUCUGCCAUCAUUCUGCUGCUGUUUGCACUCAUUACCUCGCAAUGUAGUGAUGACAUUUCACUUCCUGCAUUUGAUAAGCUUCCUUGAAUUUUAAUAAACAUCAUUUUACUAUGGGAAAUCUCUGUUGGUAGAUUAAAUUCCCAGAAAUAGAGAAGCUAUGUUUACACACCAAUAAAAUGUAUUUACAACCAA